CAUCAGAGCAGUCACACAGGAGAAAAGCCUUAUAAGUGCAAUGAAUGUGGGAAAUCUUUUACCUCUAAAUCUUACCUUCCCAUUCAUCAGAGAGUUCACACGGGAGAAAAGCCUUAUAAAUGCAAUGAAUGUGGGAAAUCUUUUACCACUAAUUUCAAACUUUAUACACAUCAGAGAGUUCACACUGGAGAAAAGCCUUAUAACUGCAGUGAAUGUGGGAAGUCUUUUACCACUAAGUCUUACCUUCACACCCAUCAGAGAGUUCACACUGGAGAAAUGCCUUAUAACUGCAGUGAAUGUGGGAAAUCUUUUACCACUAAGACUUACCUUCACAUUCAUCAGAGAGUUCACAUAGGAGAAAAGCCUUAUAAAUGCAGUGAAUGUGGGAAAUCUUUUACAACUAAGUCUUACCUUCACAUUCAUCACAGAGUUCACAGAGGAGAAAAGCCUUAUAAAUGCAAUGAAUGUGGGAAAUCUUUUACAACUAAUUUCAAAGUUCACAGACAUCAGAGAGUUCACACUAGAGAAAAGUCUUAUAAAUGCAGUGACUGUGGGAAAUGUUUUAACAGUAACAGUAAACUUUGUCAUCAUCAGAAAGUUCAUACAGGAGAAAAGCCUUAUAAAUGUAGUGAAUGUGGGAAAUCUUUUAACAGUAACAGUAAACUUUGUCAUCAUCAGAAAGUUCAUACAGGAGAAAAGCCUUAUAAAUGUAGUGAAUGUGGGAAAACUUUUACUGAAAACGAAGCUCUCCAAAAUCAUCAAAGUUUUCAUAGAGAAGAAAAGCCUUAUAAAUGCAGUGACUGUGGGAAAUCUUUUACCUGUAACAGUAAACUUUGUCGUCAUCAGAGAGUUCAUACAGGAGAAACAGAAGUCAUACAAGACAAAAACCUUAUAAAUGCAGUGACUGCGGGAAAUUUUAUACCAGUAGCACCAACCUUCACCGUCAUCAGAGAGUUCAUAGAGGAGAAAAUGCUUAUAAAUGCAGUGAAUGUGGACAAUCUUUUACAACUAACUCUCACCUUCAUUGUCAUCAGAGAGUUUACACAGGAGAUUGUGCUUUCCUGA